GCAACUGCACCGCAUGCCAGUGCUGCUGUUGCUACAGUUCAAUGGUAUACAUAAGUGUGCACUGCGUCCUCGUGAAAAUCGUCAUAUAAACGCAUACGUUAAGUGUUCUAUCGCUGCUGCUUGGGAAGUGCAGCGAGUUGUACACACACUCACACAACUUCACAUCAUCACUAGGCAAAUACAAAAAUCAGCGAUGGAGUUGUCGCGUUUAGUCAUAGGCUUUGGACUGAAGAAAAGUCUUCUCGAUGCCGGUCGAAGUGUCAUAGGAGUGCAGUUGGCUGCCUACGCGAGGUUCAAGGGUUUUGAAUCUCGGCAGCGUCGUCAUUACGUAAAAUUGGCAGAGGUGGGCAAAUUGGAGCAGCCGAAAGUACAAGGAAAGUAUGAGACUGGACAGCUGAUUUUACACAAAGUAUUUGGAUAUAGAGGUGUCAUACUAUUUCCUUGGCUGGCAAGGGUCUAUGAUAGAGACCUACCAAACAAAAAAGAAGGUACUGAAGAUGGAAAUUUUAAUGCAGUUGGAAAGGAAGUCAAAGGAAGAACCCACACUUUUUAUCAAGUUUUAAUUGAUCAGAGAGACUGUCCAUUUAUUAGAGCCCAAACAGAAGCAGUUACAUUUCUUGGAAACCAUGAAAGUAGCCGAAGUUUAUAUGCAAUUCCAGGUCUUGAUUACGUUGCACAUGAAGAUAUAUUACCAUAUACAACAAAUGAAAAACCAGCUUUGCAACAUGAACUAUUUGAUAAAUUUUUAUCAUAUCAUCCUGACAGAGAGCCCCAAUUUUCUGCUCAAGAUACGCUAAAAGCAUGGCAAAAGAAGAACCAUCCUUGGUUAGAAUUAUCUGAUGUUCAUAAAGAAACCACAGAAAAUAUUAGAGUCACAGUAAUACCAUUUUAUAUGGGCUGCAGAGAGAGUCAAACAACUUCUGUGUAUUGGUGGCGUUAUUGCAUUAGACUAGAAAAUCUUGGAGACCUUAGUGUGCAAUUAAGGGAAAGACAUUGGAGAAUAUUUAGUUUAUCUGGAACAUUAGAAACAGUAAGAGGUCGUGGCGUUGUUGGUCAAGAACCAGUACUUUCAAAAACUUUACCAGCUUUUCAGUAUAGCAGUCAUGUGAGUCUGCAAGCUCCCAGUGGACACAUGUGGGGUACAUUUAGAAUGGAAAGAGAAGAUGGUUAUGCCUUUGAUUGCAGAAUUCCUCCAUUUUCUUUAGAGUCAAAAGCUGACGAACCUGCAACUCCUAAUGCUAACACAUAAUAACACAUAAAUAUUACAAAAUAUUAUAUUAUUCUGAAAGUGAAGUUAAGACCCCCAAAUGAUUUUGAAAUAAAAAAAAAAUGUAAAUUACAUAAAUGUAAUAAAAACAAGCUCCGUCAUCGUAGAAGUAAAGAUCCAGAGAACUAUAUUGUACAUAACUUUUAAAUUGAUAAAGCUAUAAAAAAAUCGAUCAUGUUAUGUAAAUUUUUUAUGUUGAAUAUGUACCAAGUAUAAUGAACAUUUAGCAGUAGUGAGCAAAAAUAUUUUUUAUGAUAAUGUCACCUUUUGUAAAUAAUCGUCAUUUAUUGAAACUUGUUAUCUUGUUGACAUGAAAUGUGAGAAAAGUCAAAGUAGAAUGUUGAAGAUUUACUAAAUAAAAUAAUUAUUAGUCGAAAAAGUAAGUUUUAUAUCAAAAUUGUUUAUUGGAAACAGUCAUAUGAGAAAAAUUGACCUGUAAGUUGAUUACAAUUCAUACUGUUACUAUAUUUCAAGGAUUGGUGGAUUGAAGUAAUUGAAAUAAAAACUUCUUUAAAUAUUAUAUUUUCAGGAAAAAUUAUAGCUGGACUCUUAAAUCUUCAAAUCUUUUUUUAUGCAAUCUAAAACUCUUCCCUGGUCGACCCUGGGCAAAUACUAGAAUACUCAACAAAAAAGGCCAACUAGUAU